AUGAAGUUCUCCAUCGCAUUCAUCUCCGCCGCUAUUGCUGGCUCAGCCUUGGCUCGCCCCUCUACUCUUGCUGAACGUGUUCAGUCUCGUGCUGAUGGCACUCGCCGCCACAGGACUCAGCCUCUGGUCAAGGUUGGCAGCGACUUCAAGGAGAACGCCAAGUUCAUCGAGGGAUCCGACAACACCACUGCUCACGUCGAGUACUCAUCCAACUGGUCUGGUGUCGUUCUCGAGCAACCCUCAUCCGGCUAUUUCAAGUCCGCCACUGGUCGCUUCACCGUCCCCACUCCCAAGCACGUUGGCUCUGCCGGUACCGAGUCGUCCUCAGCCUGGGUCGGCAUCGACGGCGACUCCUGCGCCAGCGGUCUUCUCCAGGCUGGUAUCGACUUCACUGUGACCAGCUCAGGUGCUGUCUCCUACGACGCCUGGUACGAGUGGUACCCCGAUUACGCCUACGACUUCAGCAACUUCGCCGUCAGCGCUGGCAACGUCAUCCAAGUCGACAUCGUUGCUACCUCCACUACCAAGGGCACGGUCAAGCUCACCAACGUCAGCACCGGCAAGAGUGUCAGCCAGACUCUCAGCGCUCCCAGCGGCUCUGUCUUGUGUCGUCAGAAUGCUGAGUGGAUCGUCGAGGACUUCGAGCAGAAUGGCAGCCUUGUUGCUCUGAGCAACUUCGGCACUGUUGUCUUCACUCAGGCAAGCGCUGCUCUCAGCACCGGCGGAACUGAAGGUCUGAGCAGCGCUACUGUCAUCGACCUUAAGCAGGGUAGCACUGUCUAUACUGAUGUCACCAUUAACAGUGGCUCUCAGGUCACUGUCAAAUAUGUUUAG